AUGGUCUUCCAAACACGGUCCAAACCUCCCUCAAACUUGAGCAAGUUCAUCAAGAAACACCCCAGCGCAUUUGGGGUACCCUUCAUCCUGGUCAUGGUCGCAGCAUCCUUUGGCCUCUCCACCAUCACCCAAACGCGCUAUGACAUGCAGGACCAGAAAGUCAAACAGGUCACAAAGGAACAAGAACUCAAACUAGACCGUAACAGGAAGAAAUUCGACAUUCGGGAGGAGUAUUUCAGGUUAACAGCUGCAGCGGAUGAAGAUUGGGAGCCUAAGCGUAUUCAGAGGCCAAAGGGCGUUCCAGAGUGGGGUAUGCCGCCACCGGAACCGCCGAGCCAAGCUGAGGAGUCGUCGAAGUAG